AUGGACUCAAACUAUCCAGACGAUGUUCUUCAAGGAGAAAACUACGAGGAGAAAGAGUCGGCUUAUCCGGAUCUCGAUGAGAAUGUUCACUACCCUUGGCAAAAUGACCAAUCUUUCGACAUUGGCAACAUGCUCGCUUCGGUGAUUGACCCACGUUUGUUUGGAGAUCAACCACAGCACCAAUCCCAAAGCAUUAAUAAAUAUCACCCCGGCGUCGAAGCUCAAGCAGAGGCAGUGGAGGAAUACCCACCAUCCGAUGGGUAUGGAGAUCAAGAAGAACUUACCAUGUCAUACCCUCCAGUGCCAGGCAUGGGGGCCUCAUCAGAUGAAGAAUUUGUAAUGUCUGAGGAAGAUGAAAGCGCGAGUGAUGAUGAUGACGAUGACGAGCCAGCGGAAGAGGAUGACGAUAAUAGUUCAGGCGCUAGCAGGCGUCGGCGUCGGGGAGGCGGCCGCUUCUCUGGAAGAUAUGGCGCCCGUGGUGGGAAGGGUAUCAAAAGAGGACCCCGUAAGCCUCUGGAACCUAGUGCUGAAUUCAAAAUUCUUCAUUCUGAGGCUACUUCUGCCUUCAUCGAUGGAGACUUUGACCGGGCUAUCGAUCUUGUAAUGCAGGCAAUUCAGAUCAACCCUGAGAUGUUUGCAGCACAUUCUUUGCUUUCGGAGAUUUUCCUUGCAAAGAACGAAAAGGACAAAGCCUUGGCAGCUCUGUUUAACGGAGCUCAUACCAGGCCAAAGGAUCGUGGUGUUUGGCUUCAAGUUGCAAAACUCAUCUUGGACCGUGCCCAGGAUAACCGAGAAUCUGCGUUGCAUGAUGUAUCUUACUGUUACAGCCGCAUUCUGGAAGUCAAUCCUGGAGACUUUAGGAUUCGAUUCCAGAGAGCUGCAAUCUACCGUCAGCUAGGCCACCAGCGCAAAGCCGCCACAGAAUACGAAAGAAUCCUCAAGGAUUGCCCGCACAGUGCCAAAGCCUUGCGCCAUCUUGCAGAGACAUACAUUGAUCUUGGUGAAGUCCAAAAAGCAGUAGAUUAUUAUUCAGACAGCAUCGAUCACUACCUCUCUCUCAACCCUGAGGAUUCCGGAUUCGAAUGGUCCGACAUCAACAUCUAUGCAGAGCUUUUUGGCUACCUCAAUCAGCCAGAGGAGGGGCUUCACAAUAUGAAAUUGCUUGCACGUUGGCAGCUUGGGCGUGGAGAUGAUACAAUGUGGGAAGAUUUCGAGGAUGACGACAGAGAGUGGGAUGACAGUGACUCGCCUCGGCGCAUCAAGACGGACGGCUUUAAGCCUGGCCAAUGGCCUCUUGAAACUUAUGGACUUGGUCUUCCACUUGAGAUUCGGAUAAAGCUUGGCAUUUUCCGUCUUAAGAUGGACGACAAAUAUCAUAGCGAAGCAAUUCAUCACUUUGAAUGGCUAAACCCAGAAGACGAUUCCGAUGAUGCACGAGUUUUCGACUACGGCGAUCUUUUCAGAGAAGUAGCGGAUGCUCUGAAACACGCCGGUUUGUUCGAGCAAGCACUCCGAUAUUAUUCGCCCAUUCAACAGACGACCGAACAUGCCGAUAUCAGUUUCUUCAUGGCGAUGGCUGAUUGUUGCAUGAAACUGGGCAAAGUCGAAGAUGCUGAAAGUUGCUACCUUCUCGUCGCCGAGCACGAUCCGGCACACAUGGAGUCGCGAGUACUGCUAGCCAAGCUAUAUGAGAGCCUUCAAAUGAAAGAACAGGCAAUGAAGUAUGUCAGCGAGGCAGUGUUGAUCGGCCGCCAGGAAAACCGAGCCCGGCGAAAGAGAAAGGACACCAGGCUUGAGCAGCUCGCUAUAGAGUUCAAAAUGGCUGAAACUGAAAAUCUUCGACCCCUUGCACCCAAGCCACAAACUGCAGCGAAGCUCAUGAGCGCGGUCCAAUCGGGACGGGCGCAGCCCGGCGAGGGUACCAGGACCGAAGAUAUCCAAUUCCUGUACUUGAAGUUGCUGGAUCUGCAGCCCCAGAUGAAAGAAGGCGCCAUUGAAGCUACUGAAGACUGGCUUGACAUUGCUGAUGCUCUUCUGCGAGACUUCCGGAGCAACAAGGCAUUUUAUCCCAUGGCCCGCAGCAUUCUCUUCAUGGGAUAUUCGACUGGCGCAAAGGCCAAAGGCACAAAAUCUAGAAGUGGGUUGAUGAUGGAUGAGAUGCAAGAGAUGGCAGGCCGCCUUCAGGGCACGGAAACCAUAGGAGAAAUUCCGGAGGAAGUUAUGCAUGGUGCUAUUCCCACCGAUUACCAUGGUAUUCCUUUCGAUGAAUGGCUUGACAUAUUCCUCAUGUAUGCUUUGGUUGUAGCAGAACAAGGCGAGCCGGAAGAGGCUUAUGAGACACUCGAUUCUGCGGCGGUUGCCAGCAUUUGGUUACACUCCAAGCCGAAAUUACGAAUGAUCCAUGUAUGCUGGUUCUCAUGCGCUCUUCGCGCAAAGGACGAAGAGACUCUAGCCAACGAGGCCCGCUGGUUCAUUAAAGAAUAUCAAUUUGUCACUGACACCUAUCGACUUUUUUCGAUGCUCAGUCUCCUCACCGGUGACCCCCACCGAUCUCUCUUCCAUUCCUCCCCAAAUAUGAAAUUCAUGCUCCGCCAAAUCAAAGCGAUGGACUUCACGAUACCCCAGGAGACCCCUCGCCAUGUACGAACAUCUGUCUGGAAAGAGCGCGCCACUUUAUCCACACGGGACGAACAAGGUGAACAAAUUCGUGCCGAAGAAUUGGACAUUGCGCUUCUUGUGCUUUAUGGCCACAUUUUGUAUUCUGGAAACAGCUUUUACCCCGCCCUGAAUUAUUUCUUUCGAGCAUACGCACUGGACGACCAGAACCCGGCCGUUCUCCUUUCCAUCGCGCUCUCUUAUAUCCACCACUCUCUCAAACGUCAAUGCGAAAAUCGUCAUUAUCUCAUCAUGCAGGGACUUGCAUUUAUGAAUGAAUACCGCCGUGUCCGGGAGAAACCAGGAAGUCUCCUAUGCGAAAAACAAGAGAUGGAGUUCAAUUUCGCCCGCGUCUAUCACUCCCUCGGUCUGGCCCACUUGGCCGUCGAAGGGUAUGAGCGGGUUUUGAAACUGGGCGAGCAGAUCCAGCAAGAAACUAACCAGACAUCUAUCGAAGAAUCGGCCCCUGCAACAGAUGGCACUGAUGUGGUUAUGGGCGAGGGUGACCAAGAGACCCCAUCGCCCACUGUCCACCCUUUGAUUGAGGACUUCUCUCGCGAGGCUGCCUACGCGCUGCAGUGCAUUCAUGUAAUCAGCGGCGAUGUGAAAACUGCAAAGGCCGUCACUGAAAAAUGGCUUAUUAUUUGA